UCGUUUUUCGUGACAGUUUGAAAACGUUGGCGGCGUACCUAUUCAGAAUAGAACAGAGAAGUUUUUGCCACACAUUUGAAGUCAUUACCCAUUGAUUUCCCACGAAGAUGCAGAAUAAAGAGAAUUACGAGCCUAGGACUUUCCAGCGGCCGUUUGCCACCCCAAGUAUGGCGGUGGGCCCGCAGCGCAUUUUGAUGAAGCCGCGGCCAGACACAACAGACAAAAAUGUCAUCACAGGACCAGGGAGAGAAUGUGUCAGUUCGUCUUCCAUUCCAGGCGCAAAGAAGAUCACCAUUGAUGACUUUGACAUUGGUCGACCCCUCGGGAAAGGCAAGUUUGGCAACGUGUACCUUGCCAGGGUGAAGAAGAUGCACGCCAUCGUGGCUCUGAAGGUGCUGUUCAAGUCCGAGAUGGAGAAAGAGGGUGUGGAGCACCAGCUGAGGAGAGAGAUCGAGAUCCAGGCCCGCCUCAAGCAUCCCAACAUCCUGCGCUUUUACAACUACUUCCACGAUCGAAAGAGGGUGUUUCUGGUGCUGGAGUACGCUCCACGUGGCGAAAUGUACAAGGAGCUGCAAAGGUGUGGACGAUUUGAUGAGAAGCGCGCCGCCACUUACAUGGAGGAGAUAUCUGACGCACUACAGUACUGCCACGAGAGGAAGGUGAUCCAUCGCGACAUCAAGCCAGAGAAUCUGCUUCUUGGCUAUCGCGGAGAGCUAAAAAUAGCCGACUUCGGUUGGUCCGUGCACGCACCUUCUCUCAGACGUCGUACAAUGUGCGGCACGCUGGACUACCUGCCUCCUGAGAUGGUCGAGGGCCACACCCACAGCGAGAAGGUGGACCUGUGGUGCAUCGGGGUCCUCUGCUACGAAUGCCUGGUGGGGAACCCGCCCUUUGAGACGUCCAACCAUGCCGAAACGUACAAAAGAAUCAUGAAGGUGGAUCUGAAGUUCCCUCGCAUUAUCACUGACGGCGCACGAGACCUGAUCUCCAAGCUGCUCCGCCACUGCCCUAACGAUCGCCUCUCACUACAGAGCGUCAUUGAUCACCCGUGGGUGCGUUCCAACUCCCGCCGGGUCUUGCCUCCCAUCUACCCUGCUGAAACCUCGUGAGCACCCCCCCCUCCAAGGCUGCCUCUCCAGGCUGGUUUUGUUUUGUUUUGGUUUUAAAUUCUGUCCACUUUCAUUCCACUGCUGUGGUUUUGUGGUGCAUAGAAAUUCAUCAUUUUAUAUAUUGUACAGUGUGGUGUAUUUUAUCUGUUUGUCAUCAAGAGGUAUUGUUUUAUUGUCAUCUAUUCACUGAAAAAUGUUUCUGAUGGUAUUGGCACCAAAGUACUUCUCAACGCUGCCUUGAGAUGUGUGGGUUUUUUUAAAUAAAGCUACAAAUUCUAAUAAAA